AUGCCAGCUAAAAAGGGCAUCGUAGCUGCUGGUGCAACAACAACGUCAGGAGCAACAAAAACAGGCGUCACCAGUGGUCGCGUAAAAAAAGGCGGUAAAGAUAAAUCAAAAAAUACGAUGCGUGAUUUACGUAUAAGAAAAUUGUGUUUAAAUAUUUGUGUUGGUGAAAGUGGUGAUCGUUUAACACGUGCUAGUAAAGUAUUGGAACAGUUAACAGGUCAAACUCCAGUAUUUUCAAAAGCUCGAUAUACUGUUCGUUCAUUCGGUAUUCGUCGUAAUGAAAAAAUUGGUGUUUUUUGUACGGUACGUGGUGAAAAAGCCAAAGAAAUAUUAGAAAAAGGAUUAAAAGUAAAAGAAUAUGAAUUGCACAAAGGAAAUUUCAGUGAACUGGGAAAUUUUGGUUUUGGCAUUCAAGAACAUAUUGAUUUGGGUAUAAAAUAUGAUCCAUCGAUUGGUAUCUACGGUAUGGAUUUUUAUGUUGUUAUGGGUCGAGCUGGCUUUAAUAUUGCCUAUAGAAAACAUAAAACGUCACGUGUCGGUGCUCCACAUCGUAUUACAAAAGAUGAAGCAAUCAAAUGGUUUCAACAAACUUAUGAAGGUGUCAUACUGCCAGGUGGAAAAGUAAAAUCUAAAAGAAUGAAUGGAUUUCGUAGUCAUAUGUGGGAUCCUGUUUUGAUUAUUAGUCAGAUAGUGGCUGUUCAAACAUUGUAUUAUCUGGGUCUUGGUUUUUGGAUUUUGCUACUGACAUUUGCUAUGGAUCGUGUACCAUCACUUGAAUAUGUGUUUGCAUACGAUUAUCCAAUACCUAGUAAUAAAAUGUAUGGUGAAGAUAAUGUAUUGUUCAUUGUAAAAGUAUUACAACCAUUUUCGUCUUCAUUCGAUAAAAUACCUGAAACAACACAAAUUGAUUUGAUUAAUAAUAAUACGGAGAAGUUUCAGAGAUACAAAUUUGAAGUGAUGACCGAUUUACAAGUGAACACAAAACUACCGUUAAGACGGAAUAGACCGGGUACAAAAGCAAAAGAUUGGUGCCAUUGGCCAGAAGAAAAUUCUGAAAAUAUGGAUAGUCUUUAUCAUAUUCAACAGUAUAUUCAGCAAUCUAUUCGACGAAAUCCAGCUGAUAUUGAUUUUAUACUUUCGUCUCCUGAUCAACAAGACGAAGGUGUAUGGAAAUAUGAACAUUUGAGACAAUUUUGUCUUGAAUUAAAUGAUUUAACUGUUCGAUUACAACGCGAAUGUUUGCCAGAAACAUGCUCACAAAUGACUGCCACGGAACAAUGGAUUUUUUUAUGUGCUGCACACAAAAAUCCAAAAGAGUGUCCUGCAAUUGAUUAUACAAGACAUACACUCGAUGGAGCAGCUUCAUUGCUAAAUAGCAACAAAUAUUUUCCAAGCAGAGUCAGUAUAAAAGACACAUCUAUAGCGAAAUUGGGUUCAGUAUGUCGUCGAAUUUAUCGUAUAUUUUCCCAUGCCUAUUAUCAUCAUCGUCAUAUCUAUGAUGAAUUUGAAAAUCGUACACAUUUAUGUCGACGUUUUACCGUAUUUGCUCUACGAUAUAAUUUAAUUCCAAAAGAUAAUUUAAUUGUACCAAUAAGUGGUGUUAAUCAAGAAACAAUCAUGACAACUACUGUCACAAUAUCAUCAGCAUCACAAUCGACAACACCAGUCAAAACAGUGUCAUCAACAAUAAAUAGUGAUAAUAAUAAUAGUCCACCAUCAUCUGCAAAUGGAAUAAAUUCGCCCGCGACUCAUGGUUCACCUGAUAGUAAGAGUGGUACCGAAAGUGACGCUUAA